AUGGCAGAUCGCUCCAUCACAUAUCCCAAGGGAGUUGUGGAGGAUGUACUAGUGCAGGUAGAGCAGUUUAUUUUUCCUGCAGAUUUUGUAGUCUCGGACAUGCCGGAGGACAAGAAUACUCCAUUGAUUUUGGGGCGUCCAUUCCUAGCUACCGGCCGUGCCCUAAUUGAUGUACAGGAUGGAGAUCUCACAUUUAAAGUCAAUGAUGAAAAAUUGACUCUAUCUAUCUAUGACGCUAUGAGAAAACCAGCCGAGUUGCAGCCGGAUGAGUGCAACAUGAUGGAAUCGGUGAUAAAUUCCCCUGCGGUUGUAGACGAUCCCUUGGAGGAGUGCAUCACACGGUCCUUAUACCCAUACUCUGAGCUCGAUGAUGCAUGUGAUGAGAUUUUGGAAUACAUUGCUGAGUUGGAGGCUGUAGAGAAACAUCCCAUCGAUCCUGUGCCUUACAUGGAUAUUCACAAACCUGUUGAUGGGGGAAGAAAGCUACAAUCAAAUAAUGAUAGCCCCGGAGGAUCAGCAUAA